AUGGAUGGCCUGAAAAAGGGGGGAGACUCGGAGGAAGUGGAGAUUGACCUGGGGGACUCCAGUGACCCUGAGGAGUUUGAUAAUGGGGAGCAACCACAGACACUCUGGAAAGCGCAUUCUGACCGGGAGCAAGAAGAAAGUAGUCAUUUGUCUUCUGUGGUGGAUAUCAGCGAUACCAAGCCGCUUCUCAAUGUUCGAGACCCUCGAGGGAUGAAUGAUUGCCUCAAGGUGACAUUUGAAGAUGUUAUUGCUGAGCCGGUUUCAGUGCGCAGCGGGGACCGAGUGUGGAUCUGGAGCCACGCUCUGUUUGAAGUGAGCCGAGUUUGGGUAUACAGGAUCAUCACAGUUCUUCUGGCCAUCCCCAUGUCGAUCCUCUCCGGAAUCCUUUUUGCCCUCCUCAGCUGCAUACAUGUAUGGAUGAUCAGCCCAUGCAUCAAAAGCAUUCUUAUUGGAACACGCUGGCUGCAAAACAUCUGGAACGUUGUGCUGGAUAUCAUCGUGCGACCAUUGCUGACCAGUGCCGGGCGGUGCUGUAGCCGUUUUAGCAUUCACCUGGCUGAGGAAUAA